AUGUCGAUCAAACUCCUCGUUCUUGUUUUCUCUGCUCUGAUAAUCUUCACGAGACCUAAAUUGAUCGUCGAUAAGCACUCAUCUUCAAGAAUCUCUCCGCUUCCUUCUCAAUCUCAUCCGACUUCGCCGUUUAUACCUCCGUUUCCGCCGCUCAGGGCCCAGUCUCCGGUGAUCGAGCCGUCUUUCCCUCGUGUACCGGCGUUGUUCGUGUUCGGAGAUUCCUCCGUGGAUUGUGGAACCAAUAACUUUCUUGGGACCUUGGCGAGAGCAGAUCGGCUUCCGUACGGUAGAGAUUUCGAUACGCAUCAGCCAACGGGGAGGUUUAGCAAUGGCAGGAUCCCCGUUGAUUUUAUAGGCUUACCAUUCGUUCCUAGUUAUCUUGGACAAUCUGGGACUGUUAAAGACAUGUUUCAAGGCGUGAACUAUGCAUCAGCUGGUGCUGGUAUCAUCUUAUCUAGUGGAUCCGAAUUGGGUCAGCGGGUUUCCUUUGCAAUGCAGGUUGAGCAGUUUGUGGAUACGUUCCAGCAGAUGAUACUGAGCAUUGGGGAGGAAGCUUCAGAUCGUCUGGUCUCCAACUCCGUUUUCUACAUUUCGAUUGGAGUGAAUGAUUACAUUCAUUUCUACAUCAGAAACAUCUCCAGUGUGCAGAGUCUCUAUUCUCCUUGGCUUUUUAAUCAGUUCUUGGCUUCCAAUAUGAGACAGGAGCUCAAGACCUUGUACAAUGUCAAAGUGAGGAGGAUGGUGGUGAUGGGGUUGCCACCGAUUGGCUGUGCACCAUACUACCUCUGGAAAUACAGGAGCAAGAACGGGGAAUGUGCAGAAGAUGUGAACAGCAUGAUCAUGGAAUCCAACUUCGUCAUGAGGUACACUGUAGAGCAGCUUAACCGUGAGCUUCCAGGUGCAUCCGUUAUCUACUGUGAUGUGUUCCAAAGUGCCAUGGACAUCCUCAAGAACCACCAGCUCUACGGUUUUAAUGAGACGACGGAGGCGUGUUGUGGGCUAGGGAGGUACAAGGGAUGGCUUCCGUGCAUCUCGCCAGAGAUGGCUUGCUCUGACGCCGGCGACCAUCUUUGGUGGGACCAGUUUCAUCCUACAGACGCCGUGAACGCCAUUCUCGCCGACAAUGUAUGGAAUGGUCGCCAUGUGGACAUGUGUUACCCAACUAACCUGGAGACAAUGCUUCAUGCCUAA